AGGAAUCGCCGGCUCCGAAUCGCUUCUUGCUCACGCAAUCGCUCUGCUUCCCGCCUUUUUCCGGAGAGGGCCAGCUGACCGCCCCUCACAGUCAAGCAGCCAGCAUCCCCCCUCGAUUUGGCCGGCCCCCUUCCGGAAACACAAGCAACACGAGGGCUCAAAAGCGCCAGAAGGUCAGCCCUCCGCCGCCGCCAUCCCCCGAAGACCCGGCUUUCGUCUCGGACCAGCAGCAGCAAGAGAUGGAGGAUGACCAGGGGAGCGACAACGAGUAUGACUACGAGUACGAGGACGAUGACAUCGACGACGAUGACAUGGCGGCCGGCGGCGGAGACUCCGGAGGCGGCAGCAGCGCGAGCGGAGGCGGCGGCGGUACGGCGGGGGGGUCAGGGAAGGGCGCCCGGGGCCGGGGGGGCUCGUCCGCCGCUGAGGCGGAGGUGGACCUAGCCCUCAGGGACGACACCGCGGUAGCCUUCAUCGACCAGGCGCAGCUCAAGGUGCUCAUGUCCAAGGUCGUGUCUGACAUCAGCGAGACCGUGAACAUUUCUGCGGAAGCUGCGACGGCAUUGCUUCGACAUUUUUCCUGGAAUCGCGAGCGCUUGUUUGACCAAUACUACACGUCGCCGGAUUCGGUGAUGGAGAAGGUCGGCAUCGCCGCGGGGGGGCACAAGACCGGCUCCCUCAACGACGGCGAGAAGCUCGAGUGCCGCAUCUGCUGCGACGAGUUCACCGCCAAAGAGGCGUACGCGCUCGCGUGCAACCACUUCUUCUGCCGAGGGUGCUGGGCUGCGUACUUGGGCGCAAAGGUGCAGGAGGGUCCGACGUGCGUCUACACGACGUGCCCAGAGCAUAAGUGCCCCCAGAUCGCGAGCGAGAGCACCUUCUCCGAGUUCCUGUCUGCGCAGGACCUGAAGCGCUACCAGGUCUUCUCCCUGACGAGCUUCGUGGACAUCAACAAGAUGCUCCGAUUCUGUCCCGGGAAGGACUGCGGCAUGGUGGUGAAGGCGCCGCUGAGCUACCCGCGGAGCGUACGGUGUAACUGCGGCUCGGUGUUCUGCUUCCGCUGCGGGGAGGAGGCGCAUGACCCGGCUUCGUGCGAGGAGCUGGCGAUGUGGAAGGAGAAGUGCCAGAACGAGAGCGAGACGGCCAACUGGAUCCUGGCCAACACCAAGCAGUGCCCCAAGUGCAAGACGCGCAUCGAGAAAAACCAGGGGUGCAACCACAUGUCAUGUCGACAAUGCAAGGCGGAGUUUUGCUGGAUCUGUAUGGGUGACUGGAGCGAGCACGGAUCUAGCUCGGGGGGUUACUAUAAGUGUAACAAGUACGAAGCAAAGGAGGGAGACGGGGACAACGACGUCGCCAAGGCCAAGGCGGAGUUGGAUCGCUACCUCCACUACUACAAGAGGCGAGUUGUCCGCCCCCCCCUGUAUCAGGCGCACGACUCGUCGCAGCAGAUCGCGGAAGAGCAGCAGGACGCGACAGAGCGGCGGAUGGUGGAGCUGCAGGAAAGCUCGGCGGGAAGCGCAUGGAUCGACGUGCAGUUCUUGAAGACGGCCAUGGAGCAGCUUAUCGAGUGCCGCCGCGUGCUCAAGUACACGUACGUGAUGAGCUACUACAUCGAGGAGAAGACUCCGGCGAAGGAGCUGUUCGAGCACCACCAGGAAAACCUCGAGAAGUACACAGAGCGCCUGCACGAGCUUUCCGAGUCUCCCCUCGAGAAGAUCGAGCGCACCAACGUCAUCAACUACACCCGCUGCACCGACCGCUUCUGCAAGAGCCUCCUGCAGAGCGUUCAGGACGGCCUCCAGGGAUCGGUGUAGGGGAUGGGGCCAUGGUCCCGGGGUUUGUUGGCUCUGCGUU